UCACAACCCGGAAGUGUGCUGUCACGUGAUGUCUCUUUAAUCGCUGCCAUGCAGUAGUUUUGCUGUAAUGUUAAGAGAUGAUCGGGCUGGGGAACAGACUCGGAGCGACUUUUAGUCCUUUUGGGUCCAAAACUGCAGUCGUGAAUGUGUUUAAGACAUUAUUCCGAAAUCCUGCGGACAGAAAUCAGAGAGUCACGCGCGGAUGUCAGACCAACAAACAGUUUAGGGCAGGUAAACUGGUCCGUGAUGGUGAGGACAAGAAACCAGUGAUUUGCAUUGAGGGGAACAUUGCAAGUGGAAAAACAACAUGUCUGGAGUAUUUCAGCAAAACCAGCAACAUUAAUGUUCUGACUGAGCCAGUUUCCAAAUGGAGAAAUGUUCAAGGACAUAAUCCCCUAGCACUGAUGUAUGAGGACCCGGUAAGGUGGGGUCUUACACUGCAGACUUACAUCCAGCUCACUGUCCUCGACCAUCACCUGUCUAAAAUAACAGCACCAGUCAGGAUGAUGGAAAGAUCUCUGUAUAGCGCAAAAUACAUAUUCGUGGAAAAUCUGUAUAAAAGUGGGAAGAUGCCUGAAGUGGAUUAUGUUGUCCUGAGCGAGUGGUUCGAGUGGAUCAUCAGUAACAUUUAUAUACCUGUAGAUCUGAUUGUUUACCUGCAGACAACUCCUCAAAAGUGUUUGGAUCGUCUUAAGCAGAGAUGCAGAGAAGAAGAAAAAGUCAUUCCACUGGAGUACCUGGAGACUCUUCAUCAUCUGCAUGAAGACUGGCUGAUAAAUCAAACCUCAUUUAAAGUUCCUGCUCCCGUUCUUGUGAUCCCAGCUGAUCAUGACCUUCAGAAGAUGCUCCAUCAGUAUGAGGAACACAGAGAGAAGAUCUUCACUGUAUCUCGGGCUUCAUAAAGCGAAAGGUUUCAUAAAAAUAUUUUGUUCCAGUGACAGAAUUUGAUCAGGCUGUGUGUGUUUCCUGACCUGUUUUAACAUCAAGUGUGUGUGUGUGUGUGUGUGUGUGUGUGUGUGUGUGUGUGUGUGUGUGUGUGUUUGGUUCAUUAUUAAACAUAAUUAUAAAAAAAAUAAAAGAUUUCGGGAUUAUAUAUAUUUAGAAUGACAGUGAAUCAAUGCAUCAAAUGUUUGUCUAAAAGACUUUACCAAUUGUUAUAUAGACAUUAUUAUUUUGUUUUAUAAUAACUAUAAUAAAAAACAUUUCAUAUUUA